UUUGAUUUUUUUACUACAAUAAUAUUAUUGUUUUUCAGGUGUCUACAUACAACUGGAGCCAUGAGUUCCAAUCAAAUGAGACCUGUGUCUCAUGGUAACUACCAAGGACCGGGUGACUUACCAAUGGGUUCAGCUAAAGAGCAGACCCUGAUGUGGCAGCAAAAUUCAUACAUGGGUGACUCUGGUAUCCAUUCUGGAGCCGCUACACAGGCUCCAUCAUUGUCAGGAAAGGAUGACGAUGAAAUGGAAGGAGAUCAACUGAUGUUCGACUUGGAUCAAGGGUAUCCUCAGGGAUUUACUCAAGACCAAGUUGAUGAAAUGAAUUCACAAUUGAGCCAUACACGUUCACAACGUGUACGCGCAGCGAUGUUCCCGGAGACAUUGGAAGAAGGUAUUGAAAUUCCAUCGACUCAAUUCGACCCGGCUCAGCCGACAGCAGUUCAGCGCUUAGCCGAGCCGAGUCAGAUGCUGAAGCACGCGGUUGUCAACUUGAUAAACUAUCAAGACGACGCGGACUUGGCAACUCGAGCCAUUCCGGAGCUGAUAAAGCUCCUUAACGAUGAAGAUCAAGUGAUCGUAUCUCACGCAGCCAUGAUGGUCCAUCAGCUAUCAAAGAAGGAGGCUGCUCGGCACGCCAUCAUGAACAGCUCUCAGAUGGUCGCGGCUUUGGUUCGCGCUAUCUCCAACAGCGACGACCUGGAGUCGACAAAAGCUGCCGUGGGCACUCUACACAACUUGUCUCACCACAGACAGGGUCUGCUGGCUAUCUUUAAAAGCGGUGGAAUCCCAGCUCUUGUUAAGCUUCUCAGCUCUGGUGUCGAGUCUGUUCUAUUCUACGCCAUUACAACUCUCCACAACCUUCUGCUCCACCAGGACGGCUCAAAAAUGGCAGUACGUUUGGCUGGUGGACUCCAAAAAAUGGUCGCGUUACUUCAACGUAAUAACGUCAAAUUUCUGGCUAUUGUCACAGACUGUCUCCAAAUUCUCGCUUACGGUAACCAGGAAAGUAAACUCAUUAUUCUCGCUUCACAAGGGCCAAUUGAGCUUGUACGUAUCAUGCGCACUUACGAUUACGAGAAGCUAUUGUGGACUACUUCACGUGUUUUAAAAGUAUUAUCAGUAUGUGCGAGCAACAAGCCAGCGAUCGUUGAAGCUGGUGGUAUGCAAGCACUCGCAAUGCACUUGGGUAACCCAAGCCAAAGACUUGUUCAAAAUUGUCUCUGGACUCUGCGGAAUCUUUCGGACGCUGGUACUAAAGUUGAUGGCUUGGAAGGACUGCUCCAGAGUCUCGUACAAGUUCUCGCAUCCACAGACGUCAAUGUUGUCACCUGCGCUGCUGGAAUUCUUUCAAAUCUCACAUGUAACAAUCAGCGUAAUAAGAUCACAGUAUGUCAAGUCGGAGGUGUUGAAGCUUUGAUUCGCACAAUCGUAAAUGCUGGGGAUCGUGAGGAAAUAACAGAACCGGCGGUCUGUGCUUUACGUCACUUGACAUCACGACACGUAGAGGCUGAAAUGGCACAGAAUUCCGUGCGCGUAAAUUACGGUAUACAGGUGAUAGUUAAAUUACUUCACCCUCCGUCACGCUGGCCCUUGGUUAAGGCUGUUAUUGGUUUGAUUCGCAAUCUGACUCUCUGUCAAGCUAAUCACGUGCCUUUACGUGAACACGGUGCUAUUCAUCAUCUCGUCAGGCAUCUAAUGCGAGCAUUCCAAGACACUGAACGACAACGAGCAUCUGUCACUGGCAUGGGAAGCCAGCAAGUUUAUGCAGAUGGAGUACGUAUGGAGGAAAUUGUCGAAGGAAUUGUCGGUACGCUCCACAUUCUCGCGCGAGAGUCUCACAAUAGAGCAAUCAUACGAUCUCAAAAUGUCAUUCCUAUCUUCGUACAGUUACUGUUUAAUGAGAUUGAAAAUAUUCAACGAGUCGCUGCGGGUGUGCUCUGUGAGCUGGCAGCCGACAAAGAGGGUGCCGAGAUGAUAGAACAAGAGGGUGCCACGGCACCGCUGACAGAAUUACUCCACUCGAGAAACGAGGCUGUCGCAACUUACGCCGCCGCUGUUUUAUUCCGUAUGAGCGAGGACAAACCCCAAGACUAUAAAAAACGUAUAUCAAUGGAGCUGACAAAUUCACUACGUGAAGAUACGAAUAUGUGGAAUAAUCCAGAUUUCGGAAUUAUGGGCCCAGAUUUACAGGACAUGCUCGGUACUGAACCAGGCUAUGAUGGUAUGUAUGGACAGGGACCCCCUAGCGUUCACAGCAGUCACGGCGGACGUGCUUAUCAGCCUCAAGCAAGUUAUGACCAGAUUCCAAUAGACUCAAUGCAAGGAUUGGAAAUAGGGGGAUCAACUUACGGCGCAAUGGACGCGAUGGACGUCGGACAUGACCCGGAUCUGAGUUUUGACCACAUUGACGAACUUCCAGCGCCUCCACAAGACAACAAUCAAGUAGCCGCUUGGUACGAUACCGAUCUCUAA